AUGGGGAUGCUAGAGGCCACUGUUUUGGCAUUAAUAUGCGAAAGGAAGAACAUGUCAGCCUGGAAGAUCCACCCGGACAUGAAGCUAUUAGCUUCGAUAUACGGAGGAAUUGUCUCAGGGUUAGCAUACUAUCUUAUUGGAGUGGUUUCAAAGGAGAGAGGACCCAUGUUUGUGAGUGCAUUUAACCCUCUCAGCAUGGGUAUCGGGGUUGUCGGAUCAGUUGUCAUUGUCCUUGGAAUUUACUUGGUACUAUGGGGUCAAAGCAAGGACAACAGAGGCCAGUUUCCACCAAACGCUGGGUGUGCAAAGACUAUGGUAGAAGUUGACGAACAGAUGGUUCUAACGCCUGAUAAUAACCAAGUACUACGCCAACCGUGA